AUGACUUCUGGUGAUUUUGUGAAGGAUGCGAGGCUGGUCGAAGAGAUGGUGAACGUCGAAGAGGGAGGGAAGGUUGUUCCCAGCUCGUUGGAAUCAGGAAGUAGCAGCGUGGAGAUGGGGAGGAGCUUCGAUCAUUUUGAACAGGAUCAUCAUGAUACCUUAGUCUACAGUUUGUGGCCGCGAUUAGUUUUGAAGAGUGUCUGCACUGUGUUACUAAGAGCCCGGAUCAAGGUGUUGUUGCCAUUUGGCCCUUUGGCUAUAUUCAUCAAUUACUACACUGCAGACCCUGGAUGGGUCUUCUUUCUCAGUUUAUUAGGUAUAACACCUCUGGCUGAGCGUCUAGGCUAUGCAACUGAUAAUCCAUCAUGUAUGGCCACCACCAAUUACUCUGAUGCAGGCAGAUUGCGUACUACACGGGACCGACAGAGUGGCCAAAUUACUUAUGUUUUUCUUAUAUCUUCUGUAGUUGGUGGUCUUUUAAAUGCAACGUUUGGGAAUGCAACAGAAAUGAUUGUGUCAAUCUAUGCUUUGAAGAGUGGCAUGGUAAGGGUUGUCCAACAGUCUCUCUUGGGCUCCAUUUUGUCAAAUUUGCUCAUGGUCCUUGGAUGCGCCUUCUUCAUUGGGGGGAUUGUUCAUCGUGAAAAGAAGGUUCAGGUUUUCAAUAAGGCAGCUGCAGUUGUUGAUUCUGGAUUGUUGCUGGUGGCAGUGAUGGGGAUCAUGAUACCAGGUGUGCUUCACUCAACUAACACAGAAGUUCAGCUCGGAAAAUCAGAGCUGUCGCUUUCAAGGUUCAGCAGCUGCACGAUGCUCCUCGCAUAUGCUACUUACCUUUUCUUCCAGCUUAAAAGUCACAGCUAUCUGUAUAAUCCUGUUCAUCAGGAGGAUGUUCCAGAUGAAGAAGGUCAGUGUAUCCUGGAGGAAGAGGUGCCUGAAAUUACUCAAUGGGAAGCAAUUUCUUGGCUUGCAAUUUUAACUUUCUGGGUCUCUGUGUUGUCUGGUUAUCUUGUUGAUGCUAUUCAGGGAGCAUCUGAAUCAUUACACUUACCAAUGGGUUUCAUCAACGUGAUCUUAAUUCCAAUAGCUGGAAACUCUGCUGCAUACGCCACCACCAUAAUGUUUGCCAUCAAAGAUAAGCUUGAUAUAACCCUUGGCGUUGCGAUUGGAUCGUCCACUCAGAUAGCCAUGUUUGCGAUCCCUUUUUAUGUGGUGGUUGGGUGGAUUGUGAACCAACCAAUGGACUUGAACUUCCACCUGUUUGAGACGGCUACCCUUUUGAUCACUGUGGUGAUUGUUGCAUAUACACUACAGUGUGCGAGGAGGCGCUGGUUCCUGCUUGCUGGCUCGUAUCUCGAGUUCCCUAGCGAAAAUGACUCAAACCUCUUGAUAGAACAGAGUAGAGUGGAGAUGGCGACUAGGAGGAGCUACGAGCAGUUUGAAGGGGAUGAUCGUCUUCGUCGUCAUGAUGAUGGCUUUGCCGGCGGCGGUUGGUACUGGCCGCGAUAUGUUUGGAAGAGCGUCUGCACGGUGUUGCUCGGCGGCCGGAUCAAAAUUUUGAUGCCAUUUGGCCCUUUGGCUAUAUUCGUCAGUUACUACACCGGCGACCCUGGAUGGGUCUUCUGCCUCAGUUUAUUAGGAAUAAUACCUCUGGCUGAGCGUCUUGGCUAUGCAACUGAACAGAUUGCUUACUACACUGGACCAACAGGUAUGGCUAAAACUGAAACCUGUAUCAAUAUAAUAAUUUCACUGUGUGUACGUAAGGUUGUUAAUCCGUUAUCGGACCAUCAACCCGACCAAACAAAUUGGAUCGCUAGUUGGUCGGUUGAACCGGUUUGGCUGACUUCUUUUGCAUUUUCUGGCAGUUGGCGGUCUGUUAAAUGCAACGUUUGGAAAUGCAACAGAAAUGAUCGUAUCAAUUUUCGCGCUGAAGAGCGGAAUGAUAAGCGUAAUCCAACAGUCUUUGGCUCUUUGCUGGGCUCCAUCUUGUCAAACCUGCUCAUGGUCCUUGGAUGCGCCUUCUUCAUUGGAGGCAUUGUCCAUCGUGAAAAGAAGGUUCAGGUUUUCAACAAGGUAAAAAGCCAUCAUCUUCUGGUUCUGCAUUUCCAGUUUCUCGAUCGAUCGACAUCUCUACUGAUGAAUGGUUCCUUGGUCAACACUCAGGCAGCUGCAAUUAUGGACUCUGCAGUGCUGCUGGUUGGAGUAAUGGUGAUCACUACUGUCCAGCUUGUAGCUCUCUCGACCGACGAUGUAGAGGUUCAGCUCAGUAAACUAGAGCUGCCACUUUCAAGGUUCAGCAGCUGUUUGAUGCUCAUUGUAUAUGCUGCCUACCUUUUCUUCCAGCUUAAAAGUCAUCACAGUCUUUACAAUCCCAAUCUUCAGAAUCAGGAGGAGGUUCCAGAUGAAGAGAGUAAUCGUCACAUGGAGGAAGAUGAUUUUCCUGAAACUAGUCAGUGGGAAGCGAUUUCCUGGCUUGCAAUUCUAACCGGGGCAUCUGAAUCGUUACACUUUCCGACGAGUUUCAUCAACGUGAUCCUAGUUCCAAUAGCAGGGAACUCUGCUGCAUACGCCACCACCAUCAUGUUUGCCAUCAAAGAUAAGCUGGAUAUAUCCCUCGCGGUUGCAAUUGGCUCAUCCACUCAGAUAGCCAUGUUUGCGAUCCCUUUCUAUGUGGUGGUUGGGUGGAUUGUGAAGCAACCAAUGGACUUGGACUUCCAACUCUUCGAGACGGCUACCCUUUUCAUCAGCAUGCUGAUCACUGCAUAUUCACUGCAGGAAGGGAGAUCAAGUUACAUGAAAGGAUUGGUACUGAUACUUUGCUAUUGCGUAGUAGGGGCCGGUUUCUUUCUACAUGUCGAUCGAUGAUCACAAGUAACUAGAUACAACUAACUUUGUUCUUUUGGUUUCGCUCUGGAGGAGCAUAUAAUUCUCUAAUUAGUUGGGAGGGAACAUUAAAAUUUGUGAAAAAAGUUUGGAAAUUAUUUGGUUGGUCGUAUGUAGGAACGUGAAAUUUGUAAUGAUAUGCUACUUGUACGAAUGUAUGGAAGAAGACCAGGUCACGAGGAGGAAGAAGAUGGAUUGGGAAGGGAUAAAGCACGACAAUUAUUAUAAGGACAAAAAGUGUUAAACAUUGGAAUGUUAAUUUCGGGGGGAGUGACCGUAUUUUCAAUUCCCACCUCUGUGGGAGAGUGGCCCAAAUUUCAUGGUUCAAUUAUCAUGCUUUUUUUAUCAUUAAUCAAUUACCAUGUAUUUUUGGUCCAUCCAAAUAAAGUAAUUUAGUCCAAUUACUGCAUUGUUUGAGAA